GUGACAUGUUUUAUAAGGAAGUCACGCGCAAGUGUAUAAAAACUAGCUUCUCUUACUCUGCUUUAAUCUCCACCAGCAAAGUCAGACUAUGUAUGCAAUUGGUCAUUCUUUAGCCUUGUUGUUGUCCGUGUCAGCGGUAUUCCAGCUCGGCUGUCGGGCACAUUAUGCUCCCGACGAGGUGAGCCAUCUCCCCGGCAUGACGUUCAAACCGAACUACCGUCAGUGGUCGGGACACCUCCAGGCAAGACCCGGCAAGUUUCUCCAUUAUUGGUUUGUGACCUCUCAAAGGGACCCAGUCAAAGACCCGCUGGUAUUGUGGCUAAACGGAGGACCGGGCUGCAGCUCGCUGGACGGAUUCCUGUCAGAGAAUGGACCUUUUCAUGUAAGAGAUGAUGGAGCCACUUUGUACGAAAACUCUUUCAGCUGGAACAGGAUCGCAAACGUACUCUAUUUAGAAUCACCCGCUGGCGUCGGCUACUCCUACUCCAAUGAUGGCGACUACGCCACGGAUGACAAUCAGGUUGCCGAAGACAAUUACAAAGCACUGCAGAGUUUUUUUGCCAAGUUUCCAAGCUUUACUCGGAACGACUUUUUCAUCUUUGGAGAAAGUUACGGCGGAAUUUAUGUACCAACCCUCAGUUUACGCAUCACAAUGGGAAAUGACAACGUCAACUUUAAGGGCUUUGCUGUAGGAAACGGUCUCAGCAGCUAUGCACUCAAUGACCAGACUUUGAUUUAUUUUGGCUACUACCAUGGACUGUUUGGAGAAGACUUGUGGCGUGAUCUAAACAAUUACUGCUGCGAGAAGCAAAGAUGCAACUUUUCCAACUCCACUUCCCAGAAAUGCCAGAUGCUGGUCAGUGUGGCUUUUAAUAUAGUCUAUAACAGUGGUCUUAAUGAGUAUGCCCUUUACUUGAACUGCGAGGGUCGCGGUGGGUUUCACCCAGCCUAUGAAAAGGCUAUGAGUCACCUGUUCAAAAACUACCGCAAACGCAGCAACGAUCUGAAUUCAGACGGGUCGCGCUUCUCCAUCACUCUGGGCGAGGUCCCCCCUUGCAUUAAUAGCACGGCGCAAGCAAACUGGCUCAACCGGGGCGACGUGAGGAAAGCCCUGCAUAUUCCUGACAUUCUGCCAAAAUGGGACCUGUGCAGUGACACUGUCGGCAAGAGUUAUACCAACCUGUACGCAUCAGUGAAGGAGGUGUAUCUGAAGUUGCUUACUUUAGGCCUACGGGCACUCGUCUACAAUGGGGACACGGACAUGGCCUGCAACUUCCUAGGGGAUCAGUGGUUUGUGGACGACCUCGGCAUUGAGGCCACUACUCGGUACCAGCCCUGGCACGUUGACAACCAGGUUGCAGGUUUCUACCAAAUGUAUGGAAAUGUAACAUUCCUGACAGUCAAGGGUGCUGGUCACAUGGUUCCACAGUGGGCUCCACGUCCUGCACUUCACAUGUUCCAGUCCUUCAUCACAAAUAGUGCCUACUCAGAUUGAUGGAAAUUGGAGCGGUCAAUUUGCACUCAUUACUUUUUUUCAGGGGAUUUGGAUUUUAAGGGAAGAAACUGUUGGGAAUUCACAUACCAUUCUGAUCUUUGUACUUUGUCCUACAGUCUCAGAGCACACAGUGUACUUCAGUUUUGGCAAAGUACAAAGAAAAAUUGUACCUAGACGAAUCUAGAGCACUGCAAUUCAAGUUUGCACUUUUCAGUCAUGCAAGGUGAUCGGUCAAUAAUGCUGAAGUUGAUUGAUUUCAUUGAAACUGCAUUUUUAAUAAAGACUGUUCAACUAUCUGUCCAUGGGCGUAU